GCUCGUUGUGAGCAGUGCAAAGUGAACAUGGAGGCUGUGGAGAAGCAGCUGGAGGAGGAGAAGCAGAACGUCCUGAUCGCUGAGAGCCAGAGAGGAAUCAGGACAGAGGGCGAGCUGUCGAUGCAGCUGGAGGUCAGCCAGACGGAGGUGGAGUUUCUGAGAAGAAGACUGAAGCAGACGGAGGAGAAGCUGGAGACGGAGAAACAGAGCAGACAGCAGCUCGACUCCAAGGUGUCCGUGCUUCAGGCCCAGGUGGAUCAGUCCAGACGGAGUGUGACGGAGUUGAAGCGUCAUGGCCGCCGCGUGACCUCUGACCUCCAGGACGCUCGAGUGCUGACCGACAGUCUUCAGGGUCGCAUGCACGAGCUGGACCGCAAGCAGAGGAGGUUUGACAGUGAGCUGACUCAGGCUCUGGAAGGUGCAGAUUCUGAGCGAGAUCAGAAGGACAAAGCGUUUCUGGAGAACACGGCGUUAGGAGCGGAGAUUUACACACUGCGACGCAACCUGCAGGAGAGCCAGGCUGAGGUUCUCCGGCUGCAGAAGCAGAAAGAGGAACUCUGCGCUCAGAUCCGGGACCUCAGCCUCCCGGUGGAUCUGGCCUCUGAUUCGCUGCCCGACCUCAAGAAGCAACAGCGCCUCCUGGAGGCCGAAGUGAGCGAGAAGAGGGAGGAGAUCUGCACGCUUUCUGCCAAGAUACAGAAGCAGCAACAGGUCCACAUGCGCUUUGAGAUGGAGAUGGAGAGGAUGAAGCAGAUGCAUCAGAAGGAGUUGGAGGAUAAAGAGGAAGAGUUGGAGGACGUGCACAAGUCUUCUCAGAGAAGGCUGAGGCAGUUGGAGAUGCAGUUGGAGCAGGAGUACGAGGAGAAGCAGAUGGUGAUUCAUGAGAAGCACGACUUGGAGGGACUCAUAGCAACUCUGUGUGAUCAGGUGGGGCACAGGGACUUCGAUGUGGAAAAGAAGUUGAGGCGGGAUCUGAAGAGGACCCACGCUCUGCUGGCCGACGCUCAGCUGCUCCUCUCCACCGUGGAUAACCCGGGUCAGAACUUCUCCAAUGGCAGCAGAGAGAACAUAGAGAGGCUGCACUGCCAGCUGGAGGCGAGCGAGGCGGUGCGUCUGGAGGCAGAAAGUCUGCAGACGACUUUAUCUCAGGAGCUGGAGAACUGUCAGAUCGAGCUGGAGAACAUCUGCAAGCAGAAGAGCAUGGUGGAUGAACAGUUGUCUAUGCUUCAGCACGAGAAGGUGGACUUCCUGAAGAGACUGGAGGAAGACCAGGAGGAUCUGAACGAGUUGAUGAAGAAGCACAAAGCUCUGAUCGCUCAGUCCUCCAGCGAUAUCUCUCAGAUCAGAGAGCUGCAGGCGGAGCUGGAGGAGGUGAAGAAGGAGAGAUACGUCCUGCAGGAGGAGUUGCAGCAGCGUGUUUCCAGGGUGCAGUUCCUUGAGUCCUCCACUGUGGGGCGCAGCAUCGUCAGCAAACAAGAAGCCCGAGUGUGUGACCUGGAGAACAAGCUGGAGUUUCAGAGAGGACAGGUCAAGAGGUUCGAGGUGCUGGUGUUGCGUUUGAGGGACAGCGUGGUGCGUUUAGGGGAAGAACUGGAGCAGAGCGCCGAGGCCGAGGCGAGGGAACGAGAAAACGCCAAAUACUACCAGCAGCGUCUGCAGGACAUGAGGGUGGAGGCGGAGGAUCUGGUCCAGAGAGAGCAGGGCAGCAGCCGCAGGCGCAUGGAGCUGGAGAUGCAGGUGGAGGAGCUGAGCGCCGUCAGACAGGCAUUACAAGCCGACCUUGAAACAUCGAUCCGUCGCAUCGUUGACCUUCAGGCGGCGCUGGAGGAAGUGGAGUCGAGCGAUGAGAGCGACUCUGAGAGCGACUCGGUCUCUAGCGUCGGGACAGAGGACGUUGGAGAGGGGAUCCGUCAUUGGUUAGGAGUUCCCAGAGGGGGGUCCCGUGGGGCGGGGUCUCCCAACGGCAGCAGUACCAUCAGCAGCCAGGGGGGGCGCCAGUCUUUGGCCGACACCAUGAGCACCUACAGCUUCAGGUCUUGUGAGAAUCCCGAUGAUGAUGACGGCUCUGAGUUGGGGGGCAGCAGGGCUGGAGGCAGCAGGGCUGGAGGGGGGGGGCAGCAGGGCUCCGAGUCGGGCCCCCUCCUCCUCCGCCCUCUCAGAGCUGCUCGACGGCCUCCGGAGACGCAGAGCCGGCGGAGACGCAGACGACGGAGCCGGGAGCGCCGUCUCUCUUCCUGUUUAUCAAACAACCGCCGCCUCCACCCUCAGACGCCGAGCCUCCGCCCUUUCUCUCGGCCCCGGUGACCUCCAGGAGCCCCGAUCCAGCAUCCUCAAACCCCCGUCCCCGAUAAUGCCUCGCUCCAUCAGCGCUCGCUCCAUCAGCGACGCUCAAACACCUGGAGCUAAACUCUCUCGCUACAACUCCAGCAGUGAUUCCCUCUCAGGCGUCCCGUCGCUGCCUCACCUCUCCUCUUUGGGGUCAAACCUCGCCUCCCGCCAUCAAACUCCCUCUCUUUGCAUCCCAGAAGAAGAUCCAGAUCAACCACAGCGAUCCCGAACCACCUCCAUGCAGCAGCGCU